GAGACACAGGGCACGGAGAAUUUGCCAUUGGAUCGUGGCAUGUUCUUCAUGGCAUGCAAUCAUUCGAGCCACUUGGAUUGCGGGGCCACAUUUGUGGGUGCGUGGACGGGCGGUGCAAAGAGGGUGUAUGCUCUGGGAGCCCGGGACUACUUCUUCAGCAACCCCCUUCUGGCAUGGUUCGUGACCACGUGCAUGCACGUCAUCACUAUCAACCGCCGCAAGUUCUCUCAGCAGGAGCUCGACACUCUACUGCAGCUCAAGGCAACCAGCGGCCCUCAACGCCCCACAGCAGUGCUCAUAUUCCCCGAGGGCACGCGUUCCUUGACUGGGUCCCUGCAGCCGUUCAAGUCGGGCGUGGGGCUGCUGGCAGAGCAGCUGGAUGUGCCUGUGGUGCCUGUCUGUGUCCAAGGCACCUUUGAAGCUCUACCAAAGGGCCGAACCAUUCCUCUGCGCAGAAGGGUGACUGUGGAGUUUGGGCGGCCUCUGGACGUUCAGGAGUAUCUUCAGGUGGCCCAGGUGGCGCCGCCCAAUGCUGCUGUCGUCUCUUCCCCAGCAAGCACUCAGGGCGAUGCCGUUCAGAGCACAUCAGCUACAGAGGAUCCACAGCAGGCCUUUGAGGCAUUUCAGAACGGGCUAUAUGCAAGCUACGCUGCAGCAGCAUCGUUGCUAGCAUGUGUGCCUGUGCAAGCAGGCGAGACGGCGGGGUUUGCUGCUGCUCUUGCCCUCUGCUUUGCCUUGCUGAUUGCUGGGUUCAGGCCUCUUGCUAGCUGGGCAGGGCCGUAUCUGUUCUUCCCCUCGGAUGAUCAGGAAGAGAUGCCGUAA